AUGUUCGAGGAAUUGGAGGAACGCCUGUUCAAAUGGUUUAUAGAAAGGAGAACCGUAGGAGACUACAUAUCAGACCCGCUGCUAAUAGAAAAAGCAACCGAAUUGAAAGAGGAGUUUGGAGCCCCUUCCCAAUUUAAAGUGAGCAAGGGAUGGCUCGCAAAAUUUAAAAGACGCAACAACAUUAGAUUAGUUCGUGUAUACGGCGAAAAAGCCAGUGCCGAUGAAGAUGGAGCACGUCAAUUUGUGGCUGACUUCCAAAGUUUCAUGGAAGACGAAGAAAUUAAUCCUGAAAAUGUAUAUAACAUGGAUGAAACUGCACUGCUGUGGAAGGCUUUGCCACUGAAAACUCUGCCAAGGGCAUUAAAACAUUUUAUGAAUCGACUUCCGGUAGUGUUUCGGGCUCAAGCUAAUGCAUGGAUGAGCCAAACUUUAUUCUUAGAUUGGGUGGAUAAUUGUUUUAAAAAGUCUGUUAGACAAUAUCAGUUAGAAAAUGGAUUAUGCGGAAAAGUUGUGUUAAUAAUUGACAAUUGUGCGAGUCAUAAACUACCAUUAAAUUACGUGCAGGAUGACCAUUUUCUAAUCAAAUAUUUAGCACCUAACACCACAUCCUUGAUCCAACCAAUGGAUCAAGGAAUUAUUGCUAAAUUAAAACGCAAAGUUGAAGAAUAUUUGAACGAGUGUAGUGAGGAGGAAGAAACAUAUUCAAGAAAGAUUGAUGAUACGGACGAAAGCAGGGACAAAGACAAGGAUGAAGAAAGGGUUGAAGACAAGGAUGAAGAAAGAGAAGAACCAUGGGAAGAAGAACAGGAAGAAGAAAGGAACCAAAGUGACAGAACACAAGAACGUGGGAUCCCAGUAAACAGAGAAGAAAGACAGGAAUUGGAAGAUAUUUUCAGACGUUUGGAGCGUUAUAAAAACCGCAUCCCGCGUUCGUCUGAAUUGCUUCUAGAAGCAAUGAAAUUAUUAUUCUUAGGCGAGACAAGUUCAAACACCUAA